AUGAUUCCUCCACCCCAGCCUCCCCAGGAGGCGACCGACAUUUUCUCCAUCUCAGACCAGGUCUUGGCCGACAGGCUCCAAUUCAUCGAAGAAAUUGGCUUCGGAAACUGGGGUAGUGUCUGGCUAUGCCGGCCCAAGGGCGAGUCAUCGUCCAGCCAGCUGCAGGACAACAAGAUCGCCGUGAAGCUCGUACAUAGGUCCAAGACGUCCACCACUGCUGCACGCGUGCGAUCGCUAUGGAACGAAAUGAAGACGGUUCGGGCACUGAAACAAGAGCCCCACCCUUCCAUCAUCCCAUUUUACUCGUUCAUCAUCACGCCCUCUUACGCCCUUAUCACCAUGGCGUAUCAUCCGCGGCUCAUCACCGUCGAGGUCUCCGAGCAGCACGCCAAGGAAUGGUUCCGCUCGCUCCUGUCCGGGGUCGAGUUCCUCCACAAGCGCGGCGUCGUGCACAACGACAUCAAGCCCGCAAACAUCCUUCUCUCGAGCGAGAACGUGCCCGUGCUCGUCGACUUCGGCUUCGCUGAACGCUACGACGUCAGUGCGCCCGAAGCGUUCCACAGCAACCUGUCGUAUGGCACGCCCGAGUACCUCUCCCCCGAGCGUGCCCGCGGCCUCCCGCACGACACGCGCAAAUCCGACGUCUGGUCCCUCGGCGUGACCUUCUUCGAGAUCCUCGUCGGCCGCACGCCCUUCGAGCACCCCAACGGCGAGCAAUUCGCCACCAAAGGCGACCUCGAGAAGUACUGGGCGCGCACGCUCCGCGGCAAGUGGGUCGGCGCGUGGAAGAUGAGCAAGGGCGUCGAGCGCCUCCUGCGGCGCAUGAUCGCCCCGAACGCGGACCUGCGCUGCACCGCGAGCGAGGCGAUGGACGACGCGUACUGGACGGCGGCGAAGGCGGACGAGCAGGGGCACCCUGCGAGGCACGCGCACAAGAAAUCGGCGAGCGUGUCGCACUCGCGCACGUCGUCGCUCGCGCUCGAUAUCAUGUCGCCCUGGGCCUCCCGGGCGAGCAGGGAGCGCGGCCACAAGGACGCUAACAAAGAGAAGGACAAGGACAAGGACAAGAGCAAGAACAAGCCCGCCUCUGCCGCCACGGUUGGGAAGGAGAAUGCCAUGGGCGUGAGCGCGAGGAAGGACAAGGACGCGCAGGCGCGCUCCGGCCACGCGCGUUCCCAGUCGCAGCCCAGGCUCCAGCUCGCCCCCGAAGCACGCGGCGUGAACCAGACGAAGCGGCCCGCCGUCUUCUCCGCGCUCUCCCCGAUCAAGCACUCUCCCCCCGCCCAGACGCACACGGUCCCAUUCGCGGCCGCGACGACGAGCGCGCUCGCCAAGGAGAAUUCGCUCGCUCAGGAAAAUUCCUUCGCUAGCAUGACCGCUAGCGCGGAUGCCGGGAACGGGAAGACCGCCGCCUCGCGCUCCACGCGCAAGCCUCUCGGUCCGCGCUCUCCUGCCGGCACGCCGCCGAGCUCGCUCCGAGGCUAUGCGAGCAAGGAAAAUGCGCACGCCAGGACGGCGCAGGCGGAGAACGACUACGUCAAGGAGAACAGGAAGGAGAAGCGACGCAGCCAGAUCCUCAGGGACGUCACGCAGAGCGAGAACGUCUCCGUCCACAGCUCCACGCGCGGGGAUAGAGAUAAACCCAAGGAGAAGGCAGAGAGGGUCCCCGCGAACACGUCGGCGGACACGAGCAAGGACUCUGUCCGGAGCCGGAUGAAGGAGUGGGAGCGCGAGCGCGAACGGCUGCGGGAGAUGGAGCGGCGCAAGGAGUGCAUGCGCGAGGUCGAGGAGGAGCGCGAGUGCGAGAAGGAGGUCGGCAGGGAGAGGGCGCGCGAGGAGGAGCGCGAGCGUGUGAGGCUCGAGGCGGAGGAGCGAGAACGGCUGGAGGAGGAACAAAGGUGGAGGGAGCAGCUCCGCCUCGAGCGCGAGCGCGAGAGGAGGAGGGAGAGGGAGGCGCAGAGGCAGGGGAGCGAGGAGGGCCCGUACGUCCUGCCUAAGAUCAGCGUCGGGCCGUCGUUGACCCCGCCGGGGACUGCGCUCGCAACCCCUCUGAGUCCGCUGUUCGAGGAACCUACUCCAGUUGACGAGCCUCCCCAAGCCAACGAGUCGAGCAUCAGCGUUUUGAAGCAGAGUCUCAGGAUGUCUAUCGGCAACGCUGUGCGCUUGUAUAAGUCCUCAACACAGCUGCUGGGACGCUCCACUCCCGCUCUCACCCUUGGCUCUGACCAUGGCGACGAAGACUCUCAAAGUCUGAGCGAGCAGCCUUCAUGGGACGACGACGAAGGUACGCCCUUCGUCGCAUGCAUUGCCGUAAGAUGGAAUCUGACGUCGCCAACAGCGGCAAACGAGCAGCAACAAGCCGAGAACAGGAUGGAUCGGAUGACGAUCUGGAUCCAGAGCGUCGAGAAGGUCGUAGAUGAAGCUCGUCAGAACUUCGCGGCUUCGACCAGCUCUGGCCCCGCCCCCGCUCUCCCCAUCGCCCCCAUGUCCCGCGGGUCGUCGUACAGCCGUUCACGUGGCAACCGCAUUCCGCGCAAGAUCCUCGCUGCGAACCAAAUCUUCGUCAAUGACUAUGAGCCUGAAGCAUCCAGCAACCGACACUCCGCUGCGUUCUCGAUGGACCGCAGCGCGGCAUCCAUGUCGCCCCUCCCCAGCCCUUCGUACCUCAAUGCGGCGCGCUUCCAGGAUCAGACCCUCCCUACAAUCCCGUCUGAGGCGCCGAGCGGAGCUGUCGAGCCUCUGUCACAGUCGUUGUCUUACGCCGAUUUGCCGAGACGCGCCGAUUCCAUGGGCCCUACCAUCGUUCUUUCGUCGCCACAGACUCCUAGGAAGCGUCGCGCGACCGUGGUCACUCGCUCGCCGGAGAACGGCAGGAAGGCGCUCAGCUUGGAGAUCGACGUGUCACCAUCGAAGCGGAGGGAGAAGUCGAGGAGCCAUGGCGAUCUCCUGCGACCUAUUACCCCGGUUACAAAGCUCGAGUUUGAGCUUGAGCGCCUUGCACAGCCCACGCCUACUCCAAGGUUGUCCACCGUUGUGGACAAGAACCUCUUCAUCUCCUCUCCCAUCCAGAAGGUAGCAGAUGAGGCUGCUCCUCGAUCGACUCCCCAGAGCCAGAGGUCGAAGGAUGCGCUCACAGAGUCGCCCCUGCACGUCGAUACGUACCCAACCAAGACGGCCCCGAAGGAGUCCAUCGCAAUCGACACUCCUGCGAAGCGCCACCUGGAGGGCGUGUAUGAUAGGUUCCUCAUGUCUACGACUGGCGUCAGACGCAAUGGCAAGGGCUAUCAGUCCGAAAACGUCAUGCGCCCCAUCGAGAACAUUCGGCCGCACUCCUCAAUGGCCAAGCGCAGCCAGAAGUUCUUCCCUACCGGACGCCGCCAGAUGCCACCCCCGGUCUCGAGCGACGACCUUCGUCGUUCGUCGUCCGUGGACGAAUUCGGCGCAUUCCUCAGCACUCCUGCUCCCAAUCAAGAGCAAAAUAACAACACCAUCGCCAUUGUUCGCAAGGCCUUCAAGGCGAUCGUCACCGGCAAGCCUCACGCCCGCACGACCAAGCCCGCCUGGCAUUGACAUUGCGUUUUGUUUUAUCUGCAAGUUUCGGUUCUGGUUUCGGUUUCCUCUAUCCGCGUCUCGUUCUGGACCUCUUGGUUCGUUCGUCAUCUUUCGUGCAUACGUCUCAAGCUUUCGUUCUAUUUGUGCAUAUCUAUCCGCUCCGCUUCAUUUGUAUACCUUCGCGCAUCUCCGCCCUUCCACAAACCUGUGUCUAGUGACAUUCCUAGCCCACUGUUCC